ACUAUAACCCUAGAUGAAUAACCCCAUGUUGGCUAGCCACAUAUAAAAGUUAGUGUAGGACUAAAUUUUUUUUUGAACUAUCAUCACAUUAUUUCAAUUUUUUAUUUAUUCUAUAUUAUAUUACCAUCAGCUUUGCACCACUUCUCAUUUUAGAAAACCCCAACCUUAUCCUCCCACUAGUUCAACUGUUCUCAACCCCUGCUCGCCGGCGCCCCUCUCUUAGCCAUCGCCGGCGAGUCUUGAACUUCUUUAAUUUGUUUUCUUUAUUUUGCUUUAUUUUCUAGGUUUUUUAUGGUAAAGGAAACAAGGGAGUUUCCAUAGCUGGUUUGUUCUUCAAGUUCAUCGGUGGUUAAUCUCGUUUUUGUUGUCGUCAAGUGGUUUAGCUUCUUCUCCAACGAAACAAGGAGCCAAGGCUAUUCUUAACGCCGCCGUUGAAAGGAAUUCCGUUUAUUGUUUCCCGACGAUUAAGGUGAAGUUAAGGUUAAGGUUUUAUCGCUUAAUCGAAGUUUUAUUUAGGUGAGGCGGCUUUCUUGCGUUAGCCUUGACGGUUGAUCAAAGUUUUUCGGGUGUAUUUCUGCUAGUGAGAUUGCAUUGAUGGAAAAUAACCAAUAUAAUGGCAAUAGCAGCAGCAUAAGCAGUAACAACAUCAACAACAAUGGCACAAACCUUCAUGUCUCAAACGUCGAUGUGUUUUCGAGUAUAAGCGUGGGCGAGGCUGCUCAUAGUGGAAGAUCCAUGGAAAACAUAUUAGAAGACUUGCUACAAGACACUCAAGCUUGUCCCGAAACCAAUACUUGUAGCUUGAGCGAAGAUUGUAGUCAUACACACGACUUCUUUCAUAAGCAAAGUGAUGAAAUGUUUCCUUCUAAUGAAGAGAAAAGUAGUUACGACGAUUCUCUUCAAAUUGAGGAGCAACAAAGUAAGAAGAGAGGAAGGAGACAACGAGCGGAUAACAAAGAAGCUGUACGUAAGUACCGCGAAAAGUUAAGGAUAAGAGAAGCCUCACUCGAAGAAGAAAUUAAGAUGUUAAAGGAGUCGAAUCAACAAUUGUUAAAGAAGCUAGAAGGCGAGGCAGCAUUGCAAGAAGAGAUUUUGUGGCUUAAGUGUUUGCUUGUUGAUAUACGAGGGAGAAUAGAAGGGGAAACUAAUUCGAUUCGAUUUCGUAGACAACCCGAUGUGAGUUUGAUUGGUAAUGAUCGUAUGGUUCAUUGCAAUGGGAAUAGUGGAAAUGGAGGCAAAACUAAAAAGUCAAAUUCAAUGUUAUAUGGUGAAGGUACUAAUGGUGGUAUUUCUAUAAACUUUAACUAUACUCCGAGUAUUGGAUCUGAACCAAAAGAUACUCUCAACUUUGGACAUCAAAGUUGAUAGCCUUUAGGAGUUCAAUUGGUAAUGACAAGAACAAAAAAUCAAGGUUUUACUCAUUAUUCCAUUUUUCUAAAUUUUUACUCUUUUAUCUAUGAAAAUUGUAAUGUUGUAUUCAAAAUACUGACUUAACAAUAAGCUUCAUCCAAAAGUUAGAACCGUAAGAUUGGUUUUGUACUCGGAUGCAAUACACCUCGUAUGACUAUAUGAGGGCUCGUUGGACUGGAAUAUGGAUGUAGAAUAAGCCUCCUCAUAUCGACCUUCUUGAUAGUAUGUCAAAGUAGCAUAUUUUAAGGAGUAAAAGUAAUAUGAUAUUUAUUGUAAACUCUUUUUUAUAUUUAUUUUUUUAUAAAAAAAAAAAAAAAAAAAAAAAAACCUUAGAAGCAUUUGGGAUGGAUAAGAAAAAAAAAUUGUAGGGAAAAAAAUAGAGUAUGCUUUACUAUAGGUACUAGAUAAUUUCUGCGCCAUACUUGGAUUUUAAAAUUAAUACAUAUAAUAUAUAAAACUUUAGUAAUCUAAUUACUAUAAAUUGGUGUUUGAUUGCUAUUUGUUAAUAAAUUCAACUUAGGAAAUAUUAUGUACUUCAUAUAAUACACAGUGGCGGACUGGGCCUUGUGCCUGGUGGGUCAAAUGACUCACCAGGGCCCAAAAAAAAUUUUAAGUUUUUUUUUUAAAAAA